AUGGUUGGUCAUACGGUGGUUACUCCCGCGGUUACUCUAUGGUUACUCCCCUCAAAAAAAUUUUCGAAAAAAAAAGAUGAUACAGCUAAAAACGUUUUUCGCGAUGUGUUCGCCACUUCGGUGCUAACUACCACAUCUGGCACCCAAAUUUCUAACACUGCGAACGCUCUUGCAUUGGUGAACUUGUUUUGCGAGAUUGUGGUUGAGGCGGAUAAAAACGUAAAUCGCGAGAAGUUUAAAACCCAUGUACAAUCAGAAAACGGAUGUAUACAUUGGGACUUUUUGAAAAAUCAUUGCUCCUCACUGAUAUCCCAACUUGGCAAGUUGUUCAAUGAGAAAGCCUUUUCCUUCACCGGCUACGGGCGAAAACGCGAAGAUCUUAACAAGGAAAAGUUUGCAGAAAAGACGGCAAAUUGGUUGAGAGAGAAUCUGGAGAAGGUGCGGGGGAAUUUGGAGAAGAUUCAGCAGUUUGAAAGUGAACAUGAUGGCCACGCAAAUGAAUUCGCCAGGCUUCCAAAACAUCACACCAUGCUCCAGGAAUAUUACGCCGCGCUCGGCCCAUAUUUCACUAAAAAUCUUUUCCCCUACGGUUUCACUUUCUACGGUGAGAAAGAAUAUUUAAGGGAAAAUGCCCCGUAUGAGCUUUUGAGAGCGGAAGACAACGGCAAUCUAGUGGAGUUAAAGAAGAUUCUGGAUGGCAAGGGGUGUCCAGCUCCCCCUCCAAAGCCGCGCCCCAGGCCGGCGCCUGCGCCAAGGCCCCCAAACCCUGCACCCCAACCCGGGCGUGCCAGGACUCCUGGUAGAAGGACAUCCGGUCCAAGCAGUUAUGGAGGUUGGUCGUCAGUUGGGAGUCUUGUUUCUGGUGCUAGAAGAGGAAGUGAUAGAGGGAUACGGCCUAACCGCAGAGGAGCGGGAUCGGGGGCUCCAAGUGAUAGAGGACGAGGCCCAGGGGUUAAAGGUGCUGUAGGUGCUAAGAGCGCACAGAGAGGCAGACAUCCAGGGCGUCCGAUGUCUACUAAGCCCCAACACGCACAAUCUCAAAAUGAUUCCCAGCGUCAUUCCCAACAACAUCCUCCACCUGCUGCCUCCAGUGCUCCUAGAGUCGCUGAUCCACCGGCUGAACAACUUCCAACUUCAGACCGCCUCGUGUCUCAAGCCCCUGUACAGGCUCAGUCAAGUGCGUCCAGCUCCAGCUCUUCGUCAUCUAGUGUCACUAUUAUCGGUGAUCAGGAUCUGGGUCCCCAGGCGGCCGCUUCUGGACAUAGUCAAGGGAGUAGUCAAACAUCCAUGGGCAGCACGGUUACCCUUCCUCAUGCAUCGCCUCUCCUGGAACCUGGUAAACAGAGCGGUCCCUCCCAAGACAGUAUGCAACCUGGGACUUCGGAUCCUUUAAGUUCAGGUUCUACGUAUUCUGGUGGCGUGGCGUCUACUCGUCAUUCUCCACAAAGUACCCCAGUCUCCCAAUAUAAUAAAGACGUCGGUAUGGGGAGCAUCAGCCAGCCAUCCCAUACCCUGCCUUCUGAUUCAGGCGCUGGUGAACGUGUAGGACCGGGUGGGGCGCCGAGCACCGGUGGGAGUUUGACUGCGGCUGCAAAGGACACUGUUCCCACAGCUUCAGAACCUGUUGCCCCUCUAAGCGUUGAUCCUCGUCAGACUCCAAGUAUUCAUCGUCAAAACUCUCUCUCGCAUGGUGACGGUGAUCCAGGCCGUGUAGGGUCUUCUUUGCCACAGGCUGGGUCAAGUCACGAUGGACCACCGGUGGCCGUUGAUACGCCAGUUGACCAGGCUCCGGGUCCAGACAGCAUGGUUGCUUCGGGAAUACAUCCCUCGGUCUCUUCAAAUGCUAUGAACAGUCAGACUUCAAAUGUUCAAAGCCCAGAUUCCCUGUCAUCUGUUGUCCCUCCUCCAGGUGGUGAUCAAGGCCGAGAUAGACAGACACUUUCUUCUAACCCUGCUCAACGUAUUUCUCAUCAACCCUCAGACGUUGGAAGUGCCCAUCAAGGCACCUCCGUCGCCGAUCAUCUGCCAUCUGCUGUAAGUAGUGCUGAUUCAGGUGUAGGAGGAGGCGCUGGAGGGGGCGGGAGCUCGGCAGGUGGUACGGAUGGCGAUUCCCAGGUUGACGUUCACUCUCGCCAAUCACCUAAAGCCUCACAACCUUCUGUGCAACAUCAUACUCCAAGCCAUUCACCCCGAGAUUCUGCAUCUGAUAUCGCUGAUUCACCGGGUGAUAGGGGCCUUGCUCUCCAAUCGCCUCCUCUGAUAAAUCCUCAGGGUGACACGGGGGAUGCAAGCGGUCAUAGCCCGGCAUCCAUUCCACGGCCUCCCGGCUUAGAUCCGCUAGGGGAAUCUCAGGAUCUAGCUACAAGAGUUCAGCAGCUAACCCAAGUGCAAGGGAACGGACCUCUAAGUCAGCCAGGCCCGGCACUGCAUGUUCCUCCACCCCCACCUUCCGCUCCUAACCCAAUAACAGCUGCAGAGCCUUUGAGUUCUCAGCACAGUGUACAUGGGCCCAUGAAGUCUAAAGAUUUGCAAGAUCCACCAGUUAUGCAGACUCCGGGUCCUAAUUUGAUGGGAGACACGGACCAUACAGGGCCUCUGAAUCAACAUGUAUCCUCCAGUUCUACUGUAGCACAUGACCCCGCUGGUAAGUCAAGAAACGGGGAUUUGGAUCCAACGUCAGGUAAGCUUCAGAGCCCACAACCUGAUGACAUUCACGGCGCCGCGCUUACUCAGCCCUCAAGUGUUUCAGGUUCAAAGUCUUCGUUAACUGCUGUAUCUCCUUCAGGUGGUGGUAAGGACCCGGAUAACCAGGUGUCUCUUUUGGUUCCUGUUCUGCCACAUGCUAAAACAUCCAAAGUCAUCCCAGCAACGCUACCCAUUACCUCCCCAGGUCUGCCACCCGGUCAAAAGAUCGGUGGAGAUGCAGGGAGUGGGAGCCCAGGGGCGACAAUCGGUGACCCUAAUUUGCAAAAUAGACAGACGGUUGAUAACAAUUUGAGUUCUUCUGGCACAUCUAUGAAUUCAGGCAGCGAUUCGUCGCAUCAAAUACCACCUCAGACGUCAAUGCCGGAUCCGCCUCGAAUUGAGCUUGAGAUUGAGAAAUUCUACACUCCGGAGAUGAUUUACGGCGCUGACACGUUUCAAGGGGAACCACUGCCCGCGGCUGAACAUAAGAGGAUUGUAUCACCGUCCGAUACCUAUUCUGAUAUACCUCCGCACGCCCCGUUUCCUGAAACAUUCUAUCCAAAAAUUACCGGAGUCGUAUUCGAGGACAAGUGUCUUCCUCCCUGGAUCACGAAUACACAUAACGACAAUCUGCAAGAAUUCCCCGACACCGAGUUGUUCCCCUCCGAGGCGCCGCGCACAGUCAAGGAGAUGCUUAUUUGGCUGGUCGGACUUCAGAACCCGAAGCAUCAUGUGGCUAUGGAGAAGUGUAUUAAAACGGCAUUCGGCAGCAUGCCUGACGCUACACUCGGAGAUCAUAAGCUCUCCGUCAACGAUGCUGAAAUUACCCCUAAACAGGUACUUGACGCCUUAAAACUUACCGCCAUGUUUGCAGCUUCAGUGCUAUCCACCAUUGAACCUGCCUGGAAAGGUAACACCACAUUAUCUGCAACAUUAAAACUAAAGGGCUCCGACCAAUCCAAGGACCCUGAUUGCUGCACCCUCCUCUGCCGGCUGCGGGAUUACGUCUACGCCUGCUGCCACCAGUUGGCGUUCCUAAAGUCGCAGUGUUCUCGGGAGCAGUCACAUGGUGGUUGGCAGAAUCAUGAGUAUGGCCAUGGUGUGUCUCCCCAAAAGUCACCCCUUCAGGCCUUUCUGACCGACGCCCAUGACUCCAAGUUCACGACAUACCCCUUCGACCCGUGCAACGUCUGCCUCAAGAGCCGUGUCAGGAUGGGAUUCAGGGCAGAUGAUUUGCCUGACAAAUUGGAAACUGGCAACGUCCUUCUCACUAUCCUCUCUCCCAGCUGCGGCGGCGAGGAUCCCCUGCUGACAUUGUCCUCUUACCUCAGCUGCCUCACCAGGCGGACGCCGCGCACCACCGGGGAGCUUGUCUCUUUCUUCCACAAUUUCGGGAAUUCGCUUCAUGAUGCGGCUUCAAUAUUGUCCAAGCUGGGCUCCGCCCUCUCCACUCGACAUGGCCACUACCCCGACUGGGACAUCCUUGCUGCCGACGACCUGCAAGUCAUCAAGUACGCACGGGACUCCGCCCCUCCCACCUCCAACCACGCCAAGGGCCAUCCCAGGACCCUGUCAACACUGGUUGGCUGCGGCAUCGAUAAUUCCAACUGCCCACAGCAUAUGACGCCCAUCACCUACCGGGCCUACGCCCUGUACUCACCAAGCUUCGUCCACCACUACCUCAGCUGGACAGUCUACCUACCCGACAGACUGUGGGAGUCGCUGCAAAGAAUGAGCGUAGAUUUACAGGACCAUGUUGGUAUUAAAUGCGCACCACUCUAUGCUUGCCAAGCCGCUCUGCCCCUCCUCUACUCUCACGGGUUCACGCCGCCGGAGGUUGCAUCGCGGGCGUCAGUGACGUGUUCCAAAGUGGUCGCCAAGCUGGAGGAAGUGGUCUCCGGACAGCCUAUCGCAAGCCUCAUGACCGCCAUGGACGAUUUCCUCUACGGCAUACGGAUGCCCUUCCUCUAUACCCUGCUCACACUGUGGUCUAUCGCAGCCCUCUACAUAGCAUACACGACGCUAUACCGCCUGGACGUUAUGCAUAUACGUUCUCACCUCUUGCGCUCCAAGGUCUCACACCUCAUCGACGUCAAGGCUUUGCUCUCCACCGGCCGCAAGAUGCUCUCACUCUACCGUGACGUCGACUACUUCGAUGACGACCCUGUUGGCUAA